CUGUCUUUCUCUACCUCUUCAGACUAGUCCCGGGUAGGCUGAGCCGCACCCAUACUGUGCAAGUGCCUCGUGUUCGCAGCGGGCGGCGUUUCGAGUGUCCUCGAUUGCACGUUUUCUACGUGUCUGGUCAACCUGACCACCUGCUUCGUGUUCUUGCCUUCGUGAGGCUUUCCAUUUAGAUACAAAAGGAAAUUUGACAACCCCAGGCUGCGCCCGGGCCAUUGGAUACUUUGCAACCACACAAUCUUCCUCUUGCUUUAUAUAUAGAGGCACAUCGAAUUUUUCUCCUCCUUUGCUCUCCGAGCCCCCUUACCAACUCCUAGCAUCUACGCGACUUGGUUCUAUCGAUCCCAUUUCGCCUAGAGCACACCGACGAUCAUGUACAUCUCCACGCUACUCACACUCUUUCUCCUCGCCAAUGCCGCGCCGACACAGGCGGACAUGCUCGGUGUUGGCUUCCUUAAGCGUGCAACCAAGCAUGCACACAAGGUAGCCAUCAAGCAGUCUGCCACCCUCGCCCGCGAUCUGCGGACAACAUUCGCAAGUGUGCUGAUCCAGGACGCUACAAGCCCAUCGAUGCAGAACGUUUACUGCGUUGGUUCCGCCGGAAACGUGACUAUUCCCAGCCCCGUGAGCAACAGCACGGGCCCCUCGAACUCCGGCAAGCCCUCGGGCUCAGGCAACGGUACGAGCACCGGAACGACUGGCAACUCGACAUCGGCAUCUUCCCCAUGGAAGGUCGUCCAGUCGUAUUCGGGUCAAAACUUUUUCAACGGCUGGUCGUUCUACACGGAUGCGGACCCUACCAAUGGCAACGUACAGUAUGUCGACCAGAGCACGGCGAGCUCAAACGGCCUUCUCGAGGUCAACUCGCAAGGACACGCGGUCAUGCGCGUAGAGACGACGCCCAAGGUGUCAAACAACCGCAUGUCAGUCCGGAUCACGACAAAUGAGACGUUCACGCAAGGACUGGUGGUAAUGGACUCGGUGCACAUGCCGACUGGGUGCGCGACAUGGCCAGCGUUUUGGACAAAUGGCCCCAAUUGGCCCGCGGGUGGAGAGAUCGACAUCGUGGAAGGCGUGAACAACUACACGAAUAACCAGGCGACAAUUCACACAAACCCUGGCUGCACCGUCCCCUCUUCGCUGAACAUGACCGGCACUAGCGUGGGCGGGACCAACUGCGCCGCAGCGGAGACGAACAAUCAGGGCUGCGGAGUGCGCUCGAAUCAAGGAAACUCCUUUGGGUCGACGUUUAACAAUAACAGCGGAGGUGUCUAUGCCAUGCUUUGGACCAAUGCCGGCGUAUCAGUCUACUUCUUCCCGCGCGGGUCGGUACCCUCGGACAUUACCAAAGGCGCACCGCAACCACAAGGCUGGGGAGAGCCGAUGGCGGACUGGCCUGCGUCAGGGUGCAAUCCGUCGACGUUCUUCUACGACCACUCCGCUAUCUUUGACACGACCCUCUGCGGUGACUGGGCUGGGACGGCGUGGAGUUCAACUGGCGUGCCCGGACAAUCAACGAGUUGUGCGCAGCAGACUGGUUAUUCGACAUGCGAGGCGUUCGUCCAGAACAGCGGAGCGUCCUUUAGCGAAGCCUACCAUCCAGACUGGGAAGUGGCCAGUGUGAAGAUUUACCAGACGCAGUCAUGACCAUAGAG